UCCUGCUAAGUGCUAUGCACGUAUUCUUCCUUCUCCCUGAUCUUCUCUUGCUUCUCUAUUCUCUACUAUGCCAUUGGAAUCAAUGUCUUCAUUCCCUUCGUCGCGCAUGCGAUUGGAAUUUAAACUCGCAGAUAACUAUUUGUUGGGAAGAGAAAUGAAAAGGGAAAAAAGCAUACUUGAUCAAUAUGUGGAAGAACUGCAUAGAGAGACAGGCUAAGCACCACUCUGUCAAGUCUCUACAAUGCUUGGUGUUUCGCAAUUCUCGGAGGGGUUGAAACUUCUCUCUCUGUCGUACCAACUACCUUCUCAAUUCCAAAUCAUUUCUCUAAUUUCCUCAACUUCUUUUUCGCUGUUUUGUUUUUUUAUUUUUUAUUUUCUUGUUUGUUUUUCCAUUAAUGUCCUUCCUCCUUCAAUCUCCAUCUCUUCUGCGUAUUGAAGGAAACAGAGUUGAACUUUAAUCUUUUCCUUUCUUUCUUUCGGUUCAGGUUGCUGUUGAAAUCACCAAAGGAGGAAAAUUUUCUCCCCUAAAUGGCCGGCCAGAAAUCCUGCAUAUGAGAACAUUUAGGUGUAUAUACAUUGCGACCUGAAAUGUUCGGUGCAGGGAAUUCUGGUUAAGGUUUUAGCAUUCUUCAUCUUCUUAAAUAAAGAGUUUCCCUUCAUUUUUCUUCCAGCCUUCUUCAUCUGAUGAUAUUUCAUGCUUUUUACGUGAUUUUUAUUUUCAACUUCCAUUUAGCUUGAAUUUCAUAAUUCAUUUGGGUAUUAAAAAAUAUAAGUCAAUGUGGAGAUGCUGCAAGAUUCAAAUCCGGGGUGCUUUUCACAAAGUGGAUUUUGAUAUCUUAUUAUGCAAUUAGAGCCAGCAGUGUUUGGGUUUCUGAUUGAUAUGAUCAUGUUUGGCUUCAAAAGAGGGUAGCUAGAAAUGCUUUUAAGGCGAAUGGGUGAGUGGUUAUAGCAAUUAGAAGGCGGCGAUAGAUUUUUAGAAAUAUAUGCCUUCUUGUCAGGAGGGGAUUGUAGGUUAACAAUAUGGGGUGCCUCUGCUCAAAAGACAAGAAUGAAGUUGAGGAAUAUGAUAAAGAAGAAGAUUUCACCAAGUCUUCAUCAGUACAACUAGUUGCUCCUGCACUCUCAACAGCAAAGUUGGGUGCUGCUGCUGACACUGAUGGUUCAGUAAAUAGGUUGCUUAAGAAUAUUCACAAACAAAUGCAAACAACCACAAUGUAGUUGAUGCAAAACUGAUAAAGGGCCUACAUCCGAGAUGUGUAACAUCAGAUGCUAGUCUUGCGGAAGGAAAGGGAUCGAUGUCUCGAAUGCUUAGCAUUUCUCGGGAUUCAGAAGCAGAACAUGUUGCUGCCGGAUGGCCAUUGUGGUUAUCUUCAGUAGCAGGAGAUGCCAUCAAAGGGUGGGUUCCUCGACGGCUAGACUCUUUCGAGAAGUUAGGCCAAGUUGGCCAAGGUGCCUAUAGCAGUGUACACAAGGCUCGUGACCUUCAAACUGGUAAAAUCGUGGCAUUGAAGAAAGUGCGCUUUUCACCUUCAGAUGCUGAAAGUGUUCGGUUUAUGGCUAGGGAAAUCUAUAUUUUGCGUCAACUUGACCAUCCAAAUGUCAUGAAGCUUGAGGCUAUCGUGACAUCAAGGACGUCCAACAGCUUGUAUCUUGUCUUUGAGUACAUGGAACAUGACCUUGCGGGACUAGAAGCAUUGCCUGGGACAAAGUUCACUGAACCUCAGAUAAAAUGUUAUAUGCAGCAAUUGCUUUGUGGGCUUGAACACUGCCAUAAUCACGGCGUGCUACACCGUGACAUCAAGGGUUCAAAUCUGCUGAUUAACAGUGAUGGAAUUCUUAAGAUUGCUGACUUUGGUCUUUCAACUAUUUACCAAACUGAUGAAAAAGAGCCAUUGACUAGCCGUGUUGUGACUCUGUGGUACAGGCCACCUGCUUUGCUUGGUGCUACAGAUUAUGGACCUACAAUUGACUUGUGGAGUGCUGGAUGCAUUCUAGCAGAAUUGCUGUACGGGAAGCCUAUUAUGCCAGGAAGAACAGAGGUGGAACAAAUGCAUAAGAUUUUUAAGCUUUGUGGUUCCCCAUCUGAAGAGUUCUGGCAGAAAACAAAAUUGCCACAUGCAACAAGUUUAAACCUCAGCAACAAUUACAGACGCCGUGUUUCUGAAACAUUUAGAGACUUUCCUUCUGCCUUGGCUCUUGUUGAAAAGCUCCUUGCAAUAGAGCCAGAAGAUCGAGGUUCAGCAACUUCUGCUCUUCAAAGUGAGUUCUUCACAUCACCGCCCCUACCUUGUGAUCCAUCAAGUUUACCGAAAGUUUCCUCCUAGCAAGGAAUUUGAUGCCAAGCUUAGAGAUGAGGAAGCAAGAAGG